AUGAUAUCUGCUUUACUUUGGAUUCGUAAAGGUGCAGCUGCUGAGCAACCUGAGAAAUAUGAACUAGAUGAUAAAGAAUAUGAACGAAUCAGUCAAUUAACUGCAACACAACUAGAAAACUCAAAAAGCGAAUUAGAAAAUCAUGAUGUCAAAAUAGAAAGUAAUGACGUAAAAAUAGAAAGUCAUGAUGUCAACAUGACUGAUGUUAAUGAUGAUUCGGAGCUAUUAGAAUACAAUUUAGAACAAUACGAUGAGGAGGAUGAGGAAGAAGGACAACCCAUGUCGAUAUUCGGAAAUAUAAAGGGAUUGGCGUACUACACGUCAAAUGAAGAAGACCCAUAUAUUACCCUCAAUGACGAGGAUGAUGAAACUGAUGAUGUUCGAAUUUUGGCCACAGACAGUGUUUUAGUAGCAGCAAAGACCGAAGAUGAGGUUUCACAACUAGAAAUAUAUGUCUAUGAAGAAUCUGAGGAUAAUCUCUAUGUGCAUAAUGACAUUAUGUUGCCAUCUUUUCCUCUCUGUUUGGAAUGGUUGGAUUUUCGAUUAGGUAGAAAAAAAGGGUUGGAUGGCAGCGGCAAUUAUGUUGCAAUAGGGACAUUCGAGCCUGAAAUCGAGAUUUGGGAUUUGGAC